UAGGUAUGGAAUAAAUUAUUAUGCGCAAGGUACGCGCGCAUAACGAUAAAUAUAUUUAUAUAUAGUAGUUAUCGUAGCGAUUGUGCGGCACAAUCGCGGCGAUAGUUGCACGCGUGCACAACGUGGGAACUCGCGCAACCAUGCGCCCCGUGCCAUUAUGUUUUGAAAUAACCCAGCAGUAUGGACCGGUUCGCUUUUGUCGGUGUUUUAGAUCAUUGCGCGCGUAACAGGCCGAAAAUAAACGUUUUUUUCGAAUUUCACUUUUCCGACGAAAUGCUAACGGGUACGUGAACACGCCGCGAAACAGUCGGGUAAAAUUUUUCCGAUGUAUAUUUUUGUGCGACAUCGCCGUGCCGUAGUUAUACAUGUUUUGUCACUCGUCAGACGAAAAUAUAGGUAAAAUAAUAGUAUGUCAUCGACGAACAAUGACUCGGAAGACGACGAUCCGAGGGUACAUUCGUCCGGGAUGUCAUCCUCUGGCCAACCCAGACGUUACGAGCUUUCGAAAUCCGAAUUGCGAAAGAACAAUAAACCAAUUAUGGAAAAAAAAAGGAGAGCCAGAAUCAAUCAGUGUUUGAAUGAACUGAAAACACUAAUAUUGGAUGCAUUGAAAAAAGAUCCAGCAAGACACACCAAGUUGGAAAAAGCGGACAUCCUGGAAAUGACCGUACGACACCUGCAGUCGUUGCACCGGAGCGGCAGUGCCAGUCGACCUGCACUGGCUCCGGCCGCCUGUCCGACGGUCGAGUCGCCGUUGUCGCCUUCGUCGUCGACCGCUGCUGCCUUGACGGCGGUGGUCGUGCAAAAGUUUCAGACGGGUUACCAGGAGUGCGCCGGCGAGGUGAAUCGGUUCGUUGACCGGUUGGACGGGGUGGACGAAGACAUCAAAAAACGGCUGAUGUCACAUUUGGAUUCGUGCGUGGCCAAAAUGAGGUACGUCGCUGCGGCCGCGGGCACGACGCCCCCACCGCCGCCGCCGCCGCCGCCGCCGCGUCCACUCGUAAACAAUAACAGUUACUCGUUGCACCAUCGACUGGACCUGCAAGCGGCCGCGACGGCGGCGGCAGCGUUGGCCGCGUCGGUGCCGAUGCCGACCGGUCGACCGGUCCUGCAGCAAUCGCUGAUCGGACGCUUGACGCCUCCGACGGUACCUCCGCCCGUGCCGCCACCGCCGUCGCUGCCGAAAGUCGGACGUUCGCGUGCCAGCGCGUUCACCGCGGUACACGGUCUGCUCCCGUCGCCGCCGGACGUCGCGGCGGGUUCGACGCCUUUCGUGUACUGCGACGAACCGGACGUGUCGUCGACCAGCUCGUGGGCCGAAGACGUGGCGGCCGCGGCCGCAGCGGCCCAGUACCCGCCCCUCGACUUUUCGAUGAAAAAAACCGUGGCCGGCUGCGGCAACAAGAGGCCCCUGGGCGACAUAUCGGUAAACGUUCCUACGGCCAACGCGUCGUCUUCGCACAAGCAAUCGGCGGCGGCACCGUCGGACGGCGACGGCCCUACGGCCGCGCGCGUUCGCAGGCCCGAAGAGUUGGCCGGCGCCGGUCCCGAUUCCGACCCCAACAUGUGGAGGCCCUGGUGACGCCGUCCUCGUCGCGUCGCCGACAUGCACAUGCGCCUGUACAGUGAAGUCGGAGGUAUUUUCAGCUACUCUUCGGUAGCCAAGUCUUCGACCAAGUCGGGUGGUAUUAUUAGUUACCCUCGUUACACGCGAGAACGUGCCGUCCUGCAUUUCGUGCAAAGUAUAUUAUAUUAUUACUUGUACGACUUGUAUAACACAUUUAUAUUGUAAUAUGAAUUUUUAAUGUUACACGGUGACUGCUGCGAAUUAUUCCGUUUACGGUGUAUAACAUACAAAACCAGAAAGACGUAUGUGAUAUCUCGUGUUUAAGUUAUUUAAAACUCUUACAUACUGCAGUAUAGUUAUUGAAAAAAAAAAUUAAAUCAAACGACGUCUUUGUGAUUCUGGAUUUCCCGAAUUUUCAUACUUUCCGCAACUGUAUCAGUGGCGAUCAAACGGGUAGGGACGGAGGACUGAUCUUUUAUUAACAUGCACAAAUUGGUAUUUAUUUAAAAGUGUAAUUCAAGGAUCAUAUUAUAGAUCCAUUUAUUAUUUGAAAAUAUAAACCUAAAAAGUUAAUUAAUAGUUAGGUAUAUAUACCGUGUACAAAAUGAAUCUAAACAAGUAAAAGUAUAAGUACGAAAAACAGCCAUUGUAGUUAAACCACCGAUAUGUCUCUUUGAUUAAUAUAAUAAUAAUUACUAUACAAUAUUAUAAAAUAUAUUAACAUUUUAAAUAUAUUAUUUCUCACUAAUUAUAAAAUAGAGAAGAAAAAACAUAAAAAUUAUACUAGGUAUUAAUGAUAUAAAUGUUUUAUGCUUAUAAACUGUUCAUUUAACAAUUAUUUUAUGUAUAAAAAUAUUUUACUUUAACCUAAAGUGCAUUAAAUAAGUACAGUUUUUACCUUCACCAAAGUUUAAAAUUUUUACUAUCAGAAACUGUUAAUUAAUAUUUAUAUUUUAUCAGAUUAUAAAAAAAAACUUAUAUUAUUGUAUAUAUUACUAUAUUUUUUU